AUGACUAGACCUGUUGAAAUAUUCAAGACUAUGAUCUUUUUUGGUUUUAUACUGAUAGAUGGGCUAAUCGAUGUUACUUCGUUUACAUUUAGAAUAUUUGCGAAACGAGACAUUUACGAUAAUAUUCGUAAGGAUGAUCCGAAAUCAAAAUGUCGUAAUGGUGGAAUCUAUGCUGGGGGUCAAUGCCAUUGUAUUCAUCCUCAUACUGGAAAAACUUGCGAGGAUUUUGCAUGCGUUCAUGGAAUAUCUGUUGGACGUCGUUAUGAUCCACUUAGUUUAAUUUUUAGUAAGCCAUGUAUUUGUGAUGAAGGUUGGAAAGGAGAUCUAUGUGAAUAUCAUUUAACCGAUCGAUGUAGUAAUAGAGGUGAAUGGAAAAAUAACAAAUGUGAGUGUAUUGGUUCAUUUUUCGGUGAUGAAUGUCAAUUUACAAGCCGAUGUGACAAUGGUAUCAUCAAACAUGGAAGAUGUAUAUGUAAUAAACAUUUCGAGGGUGAUUACUGUGAACGAAUAAUUUGCUAUCACGGAUAUGCAAAUCUAAAAAAUAUGUCUCGUUCAUGUAUCUGUCCUGCAAAGUAUAAAGGAUUACACUGUGAUCAGUGUUCCCAGGUUGGGCCGAAAAUUCUGCCAUAUCCAAUUUGUACUGUAAAUUAUAUUCCAAGUCUUGCUCGUCAAUCGCGAAGGAAGACACACCAGCAGGUAAACAUUUCAUCUAAACAGAAAGAACGGAGAAAGAGCACAGAUGUAUUACUUUCCAUCUAUUUGUCUUCUGUCAUCAAAGCAGAUCGAAAAAAUUCUCAGCACAGUACAGUGCGAAACCCUGAUAUGACAGUUAAGAUCGAUGUUUUUUUUCAUUUACAGAUAAAACAUCGUUUCGCUAUUAUGGCAGGAGCCGUUACCUUCCUAGUUGUGAUCGCCGUUUCAAUGUGUGCCUUUCAUGUUUGGCAUCAACGUCGGAAAAAUCCUGAGGUAACGUGA